AUGGUGACGGACGGUCAACUCGCCGAGGCCGUCCAGCCCGACGUGGUAGUGGCGGCCCGGGCACUGCUGACGCGCCUUCGACGCUUGCAUGCUCUCCAGGAUGCGCCGUUCCCUUGGGAUACGCAUACGCUGCAUGUGGACGAUCGCACGGCCCUCGCCAACGCACAUGCGCCCGGCGAGGCCCGGGCCGCUCUCGCAGCGCACCUCAAUACACUCGAGAAGCAGAUGGCCGAGUACAAGGCCCAGUUUGGUGCACAGCUACGUGAGGCGCAUGCGGCGUCGUUGCGCAACGCGCUGAGUGGCAGCGCGGAGGCUGCCAGUCAAGACCCCGUGCUCAAUGAGGAGGGUCUGCCAUUUGUCGAUCCGCUCGAGAUGCUGCCCGACUCGCCCCCACAGACGCCGCAGCUAGACGCCAGUGCACCCCGACCCAUGGGUAAUGUGCUGGGGCGCACACCAGGACAGGUAGCGCCCUUUGAUCCGACCAAGCAUGGCGAAGAGCGCCAGCAGUGGAUGGCAUCGAUUUUUGACGAGCUGCAGAAAGAAGAGGAUGCCGAGCUUGCGAAAGAGCAAGAGGGCGCUGAGAUGCCCAAGGUCGCCGGUCUGCGGCGUGGUUUUUUGCAGGGACAAAAGCAGCAGGAGCCACCAAAAAAGCAGGUCCGCAUUGUCGAGCCUGACGUUUCGAGCGACGAGGAAGAGGCAAGUCCCGAACCUGUUAGUCCAGAGAAGGUGCACAAGGUUCCACUCGGCAUGGACCCUGAAGACGCUGGCGUACAGGAAGAGGCCGCACGUAUCGUCGACCUGUUGGGUCCCGAGGUCAUCCGAGGGCAUCCCAAUGCCGAGCGCAUCUUUGCGGAGAUGGAAGCAGCGCAGCCUCAGAUGGUACAGAAAGCUGCGCCUGCGCCGCGAGCGCCAGCAGAGCCUGAGAAGCCUGCGAUUGGCGAUGUGGUCGUCGAGCGUUCAGCAGAUGCGGACACGCGACGCACCCCGAGCACCGGCCGCAAACUGAGUGCAUUCAAGCAGCGACAGUUAGAGCGGCAGCGGUCCCAAGGCGCCGAGGACGAGGCACCAGUGCCGCCUGUGGGACCCAGCAUCUCGCAAGGCCUCUCGGCCAUUGAGCGUGCCGGUCGCGUGGACGAUGCGCAGAGCGCAUCGCGCAUCCAUGCCGGCCUGCCGCCUCAAGUUCCUCAUGCACGGCCCACGAAGGCGUAUGCAGCCAAACUGCAGCAACGAGCAGCCGCGACCAGCAAAGGACAAAAUAUGGACGAAGAGGAAGAGAUUCAGGCCCCAGGUCGCCGCGUACGCUUUGGCGGCGAGGAAGUGCGCCACAUGGACGUGGACGAGGACGAGGACAGCGAUCCCGACACGUCAAUGGAUCACGUCGAAGGUGAUAUUGACGACGACGACGAGUUUCAUCAGGAGCCCGACGAUGAUGAUGACAGUAUGCCCGAUGAUACAUGGACCUCGGAAGACGAGAUGCUGUGGGACAGCGAGGACGAGUAUGGGCCGGAGGAUCUGGAGGCACUCAAGCCGUCCAUGGACGAGCAUCCGCAGGACGCCUUCUGGAACGAAGAUCUGGCGCGCGAGUAUGCGGAGGCCAAGGCGCGUCUCGCCCUGCAGCCGCCGGCCGCCGCUCAAGCGCCGUCCAACGAGGCGGAGGACAACCAGGAGGCCUAUGGCAUUGCGCCGCUCGACGCGACCGUAACUGACCCGGGGCGCCCGCGUGUGUCGCGCUUCAAGGCGGCGCGCCUUGCCGGUGAGCGUGUGCCGGACCCCAACGGCGAAACGCUGGACAUGGAGCGCCCCUCGACGCAAGCUGCUGACGAGCGGGGCCAUGACUUGGCGCAUGAGCUGCACGAAGGCCGUACGCCCGUGAUGGUGCUGCCUACACUGGCGCCUGUCCGGUUUCCGCGGUCGACGGACGGCGAUACACGCGGCAUCGACUUGGAUGGCGAGAGCGACGAGGACGAUGAGCGGUUGCACGCGUUGAUGCGUGCUCGGCUCUCGAUGGAGGGCGCUACGCCGGAGCAAGGCCAACAGCGAAGCGCUCAGCCGCCGCAGGUAGGCCGGGCUACAUAG